CAUCGUGCAUCUAAGUAAAGGAGAAAAAUGUCUUCGGAGAGCGCGGAGCCCUGCGCGGAUAAGGCGAAGUAUAAACACUCGAGAGAUUUUCCAAGGCGUAUAGUAAUGAAUAAAUUUUCGAAAAUCCCCAGAAAAUCGGAACGAUCGAGCCUCGAUCGAGCUCAGGACUCCGACGAUCGCAUACACAGCAGCGCCGCAGGCAGAUCCGAGAGAAGCAUCAGCGAAACGGACGUAUCGAGCGCCGGCGCGUACUUGAGUCGGCACUUGAGCGCGAUUCUGCCGGCGGCUCUGGGCGAAAUUGCCCUGAAAAAGCCAGUCGACCCCGUCGAGUAUCUCGGUCAAUGGCUCUUGCAUUACAGGGAGUGCGAGGAUAGGGAGAGACGCCGUAGGGAGUUUGAGGCUGAGCUGCUCGAGGAGAGAUUGAAGUUGCCGAGGGACGAAGCGUUGGUUGUUAUUGCGGACGAUUAUUGCGAGGACGAGUGCGAGGAUAGCAUGAGCUUCGACUAUUAACGGAGUAUCGCUGAAUCACACGCUCGCACGCAUACGUAAUCAUGGUAAUACUGAGUUCGGACGACGAAGAGUGUACAGGAGACAAUAAAUAAGGACACGAUGAUCACAAUGGAGAGUCUCAAUCGAGCUUGUAUUCACAGCCGACGAGGACGCAGAGGAACUGCCGGAGCUUCGAAGCUCGGCGUUUUUCGCGCUUUAUCCGUCGAGUCUCUUUGAACUGACGCCAAGCCUGGAGGUUCGACUCGCUCAGAGGGCCCCAGUCGUCGCUCGGCUUCAUCGACGCCAGGAUCAUCUGCGAUACAGCGAAAUUGUAGAAUUAUGCAAGUUUUGUCGUAUUUUGAACGUAAAGUGUUUAAGUACCUCUGGCAUGCCGAGCCUUCUCUUCGAGACGACGGUGUAGACGCACCAGAAGGGCACCUGGAGCACACCGAAGGCCAGCAGCGUCCAUCCAGCGGCUGUUGACGAAAACAGACAAUUGAACUAAACGUUUUAAAAUUUGAAAAAAAAAAAAAAAAAAAAAAAAAAAAAAAUAGAUCAUACCGAGUGUAGUGUGACUAACGGCUCAAAAACGUGUAAAACUCUCCGAUAAACUCGUAAGACAUAAAUCAACGGGAUAAUAAAGGUAUAAAUAAAAUUUUAA